CGAUCUUUAACUGUCAUGUCAAGUCUUCUUGUAUUAUAAGUUAAAUAUGUUUAGUUGAAUUUGGACAUUAAUUGAGAUUGAUUAGAGUUUUUUGUAGAAAGUAGUCUUUAUUAUAUCUUGAUAAAUCACGAAAGACCCUCUUUGUGAAGAAGUUUUUGGUCAGUUAUUUGACACAUGUAUUAGUGAAUCUUGGAUCAAGCUCAAAUUACUUUUUCCUAUUCAACACAAUUAAUUUAAAUCUGAGUUUAAGAGAUUUAUCAAUUUGUGAUUUUAACUAGAGCUUUUAAUAUCGAUAUGGUUAAGUUGUAUGCGCUUCAUAUUUUAUACAAAAACUUAAAUAGUGCAGUAUGGUUGAAGACAGCUUAUGAUGUCCAAAGUUUUGGGUAUUUUCAAAGAGGAACUGCCCAGGACACCAUGGCUUUUGCCAGUAAAACAAUAGUUGAAAGGACUCAAUCUGCGACCAGGCAAUCUGUCAAAGAAGGAGAUUAUAUUUGUCACGUUUAUGUAAGAGCUGACAACUUAGCAGGGGUUGUGAUAUCUAAUCAUGAAUACCCUCAUCGAGUUGCCCACACUCUAAUAACAAAAGUAUUGGAUGAAUUUAGUGCUAAGUAUCCACCUUCAACUUGGGCAUCAGCAAAUGAAGCCAACAUUGAUUUUCCUGCAUUAGCAGCUCACCUUCAAAAAUUUCAAAAUCCAAAAGAAGCUGAUGCUCUUAUGAAAAUUCAAAGUGAGCUUGAUGAAACGAAAAUCAUUCUUCAUAACACCAUUGGAGCUGUUUUAGAGCGAGGAGAGAAAUUAGACGAUCUCAUCAUGAAAUCAGAGAGUCUCAGUUAUCAGUCCAAAGCAUUUUAUAAAACUGCUAGGAAAACAAAUUCGUGCUGUUCGUAUGUCGGUUAAGCUGCUUGAUUUUGAAAAAUAUUGUAUAUUUGUGCAUAUGUUAAUUUUUUUUUUUUUUUAAUGGAGAUUUAUAGAACAUUUGAUUUUAAGAGGUUAAGUUAUUUAUAAAUUAUUAAGUUAUAAGGAUUUUAUUUUUCAUGUAAUUUUGUUUCAUAACCAUGUAUUCAAUUAUUAAUAUAUAUUAAUUGGAACUUAUUUAUAUAUUUUAUAUCUAUAUUUCUUUGGACAGCAGCUCUUAGAAAAAUUAUUAUUUUUCGCUACCAUAAAAAUAUGAACGCACUUAUGGUUUUAUCAUUUUACUCAUCAUAGAAUGAGGUAAAGUUUUAUGUGAUUGUUACUUUGUGAAAUGUAAAUAUUGUUUUUAAGUUUUGGUGAAUUAGUUACUUUUAUAAGAAAGAUUGGACAAAUUAGUUAUUUAAAAGACUAAUGUUUUGGUGGAACUGUGGAAACCAAAGAAAAUAUUUAUAUAGGGUGUAAGACAAUUUGUGCAUUUAAUGCAUUGAGAUUCUUUUUACUAACAAAUGAUUGAAUUAUAUUAAAAAUUUUAAAACUAUAAAAGUAUUAUACCAUUUUUUACAAUUUUAGGGUAUGAAAUUAUAUUUUCUCUCAAUUUGUUUUUACAUUUAUAUAAAAUUUUCUAUGAACUGGGGGGCGGGGAGGAGUGUGAAUGAUUUUUAUUUCGUUUUAUAGAAAUAUUAUUUAGUAUUUUAUAUAUGAUUUUGAUAUUGAUUUUUAAAGUGGCUAAUUGAUGUAAAAAGUAACCCUGAAGUUAACUAUUUUAUGGUGCCAAAUAAACUUAUAAAAUAAAGUAAGAAGCAUUUUAAAAAGCAGUGAAAAUACUUUAUUUUAAUGGCAUGAAAUUUUUUUUUGUAUUACUAUUGGGCAUUCCUUAGUUAAGUUUUAAGAAAUAGUAAUGCCAUGGUUCAAAAACUAAAAUUGGUCAUCAACCAAAAAGUUAAAAUUAUAUCAUAUGUUUUAAAUAAGUUCUCAGAUUAAUUUGAUUUAUUAAAAAUGAGACAAAAAAAAACAUGGGCCAUAUUUGCAUAUUUUAUUUUUAUUUCCUUUCACGAGCUUACAACUAAAUUUAGUAUUUAUUAGAUUCUCUGGAAGUGUAUGUUUUUAACUUACAACUUCAUUAUAUAAUAAGAUAAGUAGUCUAAUAUAUUUAUUAAAAUAUGGAAAUGAUAAAUGUUGUGUCAAACUAUAUUCUGUUAAUGAAUGCUAGAAUGACCAUUAUCCAAACUUCAGUAUUAUUAUUUAAUAUUCAUUUUAGUUUUUAAAAUGCCAGUACACUUUAUUUAUGAUUAUUGAUAAAAUGUGGAUUAACUUGAUGCUUUUCUUCAGAUAAAACAUUAACCAGAAUUGUGUUCUACAUAUAUACCUCAACUAAUAUAAAAUAUAGAAAUAGUUUAAAUAUUUCAUUUGAAAUUUGUUAUGAAAGGGAAAACAAGUUAAAAAGAUAAGUUUUAUUGCUAUUUAUUGUUUGGAUAAUGGAUGUUCUAACAAUAUUUUGAGAAAGUGAACAGCAAUCUGUUACAAGUUAUUGCUGUACUGAUAAUGAAAUCAGAAAAUAUAUAUUACAUAUAAAUGUCAUUUUUCAUGUAAUAAUAUUAUGAAUAAACAUAUGAAACUAUUUUAAUUUAAAAAAAAAAUUAUAUAUUCUCUGAAGAACUGUUAUUAAAAUUAUAUCAAAGAAAUAUGUUUUAUAACUAAAAGGCCUAUAAUUAAGUGAUGCCUUUUUUAUAUGUGUGUCUACAGAAAGAUUGUUAAUGUCUUGUAAAUCUGGAUGUUGAUAAAAUAUAAUAAAUAUAUAAGAAAAAAAUGUAUUUUUACAGUACCUCAUUCGAUUCAAAAACAGGUAAGAAAUAAAUACACGUAUAAUAAAAAAAAUUAAUUUAAUUC